GGUAACAAUGACAGUUCGAAUAUCGACCUUCGUGCUAUGGAUAUGGCUGCCAGCCGUAACUCUUGGAGAGAUGUCACAAGAGAAGCUUCUGGAUGCCAAUUCAUCAGAGGAGCAAGCCGAACAUGCUUCUGAUUUGUUUCACAUCGACUUUAGUCAUACCGGACAUCCACUGGCUAUCCUUACCUCAAUUCUCCUGAUUUCACUCAUGAGAAUAGUUCUUGCACGAUUUCAAACCGUACCACAUUCGGUGCUACUGUUAGGAUUCGGUAUUGCUAUGGGUUUUUUCUUGUCACUUAUUUUUGAAGAUGAGAUCUAUUUGCGACCAUCUUGGUUCUUCAUCUAUCUACUGCCUCUUAUUGUACUUGAAACUGGUUAUUUUCUAAAGAACAAGCAAUUUUUUCGAAAUAUCGGAACUAUCUGCACCUAUGCUGUUGUUGGAACCUUAUUCAACACUGUUUGCAUAGCUGUGAUGUUGUUCUUGCUACGAGACGCCUUCUCCAUUCGUUUGAAUUUCCUCGAAAUCGCCGUUUUUGCCACGCUCAUCUGUGCUGUCGAUCCAGUCGCAGUACUGUGCGUGUUCGAAGACAUCCAUGUGAAUGAACUGCUUUAUAUUUGUGUAUUCGGCGAAAGUCUCUUGAAUGAUGCCGUCACUAUAGUUCUAUAUCAAACAAUCACCAAUAUCUUAAUUAGUGGUCCAGAACGGCUUGGCACAGCUAUGUAUAUCCGAUCAGUCGCCCAGUUUGGUACUGUAGCUUUUGGCGGUACCACCCUCGGUAUUCUUGGAGGGUUAUGUACUGCUUUGGUUAUGAGGCUACUGGCAAAUCACCAGUCUGUCCUUCCAUUGAUGAUGGUUUUGAUGCCGUAUUUCUUUUACUUGCUAACCGACUCAUUCCAUCUCUCUGGAAUCUUAGCCAUUGUUACUUGUGGAAUCCUGGUCAAAAAUUAUAUGCGUGGCAAUCUCUGUGACGAGAUGCACUUCACUGUCGAGUAUAUCUACAAAAUGGCUUCUUCUUACUCGGAAAGCUUUAUCUUUGUGUUCCUUGGAGUGUCUGUUGUGUCGUCGAAUCACGUGUUUGAUUGGUGGUUUAUCAUCUCGACGCUGAUUGGCUGCUUCGUGUUUCGGUUCAUAGGCGUUUACCUAUUGACAUUCUUUCUCAACAAAUUUCGUUAUGAAGACGAACGCAUAUCUUGGGUCGACCAAUUUGUGAUGGCUUAUGGUGGUAUCCGAGGAGCCGUUUGUUACGGUCUUGUUAUGUCAAUAGAUGAGAAUCUUAUCCCUGCAAAGAAAAUGUUUGUGACCACAACGUUGGCUGUCAUUAUGUUCACCACCGUAGUACAAGGUACGACAAUCAAAUGCAUAGUCAACCUAUUAAAAGUGAAGAGAAGUAAGAUGUUUGGCAAACCUGAGGAGAAGAAGCGCGUAUUUGAUUACAUCCAGAAUGAAAUGAACAAACACGUGAUUGAAUUUGUUGAGAACUUGACAAAUGUCCAUGGAGAAAAUUUGUUGUACCGAAAAAUUCUGGAGCUCGACCAAACCGUGUUGAAGCCGCGGCUUGUCGCAUACUACAGACCACGUACAGCGAACAUAAUCGAUCGCCACAUGGAGAUUGAACUCAAUGAGUUCGCAAUGUCCGUAAAGAAAGGAACUGGAUCAUUUUCUGGAUUUCCUACGAAUGCGUCUGUUAGUGAAAUCAAUCUUCCGACAUCGAAAAGCGAAUUGUUUGCUGCUGGAUUCGAUCAAAAUUCUCUCGUUUGUCCAAGUGCGCCUGCCGUGUCGGUGCCAACUCCAACUAAACCUCCACCGGCACUGGAGCCUCCUACGAUUGGCAUCCCUAGGAAUGCUUCUGUGACUGGGCUAGUUGCCAAAGUGUUCGAGACCAGCGAACAACAGAGAAAUCUUGCCCGUGGAAAGAAUCGACGCACCAUCUACAGUCGUCACCUUCUUGAGAGAGUACCUGCGUCACCAACUCCACCUUUGACAGAAGAUGAUAUGUCAUAUGUGAUGACUCUCCCUUGUGGAAAGAAUCCUCGAUUAGCUGCCAACAUUCGGCAGUUCAGUAAAUCACUAAAGGAGCAGAAUCGAUUCCGAGCAAAUGCAACUGGUCGUCCGAUAACGUUGCGUACUCAGAGCGUUGAAGAUGAGAGCUCUCCUCGUUCUACGGACCCUCCCCCUAGUCGGCCACCAAUACCUUUCCGAUUCACUGUUGAAGAUGAGGAUUCGCCACCUCCGGCCACAACGGUGACGAACAGAAAAAAGAAUGAAAGAACAGUUGUCGGAAGCAAUAAAACCUUCACCAUAGGGGGAGAAGAGACUCGAGGGCUGCUUCCAAUUCACGAGGACGAAAAGGAGUCCUUGCACGACAUACCAUAAACACAUCUGCCUAGAAAAUAGUAUAUAUUGAAUAUAAGUCAAAACACUUGUGAAGAAACGGUUAUUUGGAUGUUUGAGCAUCACACUGAGGAUCGAAGGCUAUUUUGGAAGAUGAUGUUAUGAGAUAUUGUGAUGAUGACAUAAGUGCAUUUAUGUGCGAGCGUUUCACUUCCUUAUGUACCACGUAUAAUAUAAUUGUUUGGUUUACUCGCCUUGAACUCUAACAUAUAUCCUUUUGGCGAUCUCAUGUGAAUUGUUGUUAUCAUUUGCCGAAUGGCAAUAUAAAGUGCUCCAUAAUACGGUAACAAUAGUGUAUUCACUUACGAUGUUGGUAAUAAAGUGCUCAUAUUACUGU